UUAUUUUAUUUUUAGUUUCUCCAAACACUCCCGCGAUUACGGGUGCCUUUUUGGUUUCCUUCUCUCCAUCGCACCCAAAUCCAUCGGCUCGAUCCAAUCCCAUUACCAUCCACUUUUUUCAAGAUCUGGGUUCUUUCUUUGAGGCGAUUUCGCUUUUGAUUUUUCGCAAAGAUGUUUUGGCGUAUGACUGGAUUGUCCACUGCGUCUCCUGUUGAGACAAUUUUGGAUAAGGAAAAUUUUACAUUGGAAGAGCUUCUUGAUGAGGAUGAAAUCAUUCAGGAAUGCAAAGCCCUUAAUGGGCGGCUAAUAAACUUCUUGCGUGAGAAGACUCAGGUUGAACAACUUCUUCAAUAUAUUGUGGUAGAACCUCCAGAAGAUGCUGAGAAGAAGCGAACUUUCAAGUUUCCUUUUAUCGCAUGUGAGAUCUUUACAUGUGAGGUUGAUAUCAUACUUAAGACGUUGGUCGAAGAUGAGGAAUUAAUGAAUUUGUUAUUUUCCUUUUUGGAUUCGAAUCACUCCCACAGCACAUUGUUGGCAGGGUACUUCAGUAAGGUUGUCAUAUGUCUGCUGUUGCGGAAGACAUUGCCAUUCAUGCAGUAUAUUAAGGGUCAUGAGGAAAUUGUCAAGCAGCUAGUUGACCUGAUUGGCAUAACUUCCAUAAUGGAGGUUUUAAUACGUUUGAUUGGUGCUGAUGAGCAUAUGUAUACAAACUACAUGGAGUCGAUGCAAUGGAUAGAGGAUACAGAUGUAUUGGAGAUGAUCGUGGACAAGUUCAGCUCUUCAGAUUCUGCUGAGGUGCAUGCCAAUGCAGCUGAAACCUUAUGUGCUAUAACACGAUUUGCUCCUCAUGGUCUUGCUGCGAAAGUUACAAGCCCAAAUUUCAUCGGAAGAUUAUUUCGUCAUGCUUUGGAAGACUCAAGACCAAAAUCUGUUCUGGUCAAUUCCUUGUCUGUGUGCAUAUCUUUGUUAGAUCCCAAGAGGCUAACAUUGGGUGUAUAUCACGCAUAUAACCGCCAAUUCUCUCAAGGGUCACUGAUAGCUGCAAACCCUGAGACAGUUGAAGGAAUGCUGGAGAGCUUAGGUGAUUUACUGAAGCUUUUGGAUGUUUCAUCUUCAGAGUCAACCUUGUUAACAACAUACGGAAAGUUGCAGCCACCUCUUGGGAAACAUCGCUUGAAGAUUGUCGAGUUUAUUUCUGUCUUGCUGACUGUUGGUAGUGAAGCUGCUGAAAAGGAAUUGAUGCGACUGGGAGCUGUGCAAAGGAUUUUGAACUUGUUCUUUGAGUAUCCUUACAACAACUUUUUGCAUCACCACGUAGAGAACAUAAUCUUGUCAUGUUUAGAGAGCAAAAAUGUUCCACUUGUAGAACAUCUUCUUCGUGAAUGUAACCUUGUGGGAAAAAUACUUGAAGCAGAAAAGAAUUGCACGUUAGCUUCUGAUCCAAAUAUGCCAACAAUUAGUGCUGAAGGUAGAGCACCACCCAAGAUAGGAAAUAUUGGACACUUGACGCGUAUAUCUAACAAACUAGUUCAGCUUGGGAAUAGCAAUGGUGAAAUUCAGGCAUUUUUGCAGGAAAAUAGUGAAUGGAUUGAUUGGCAUACAAAUUUCCUAUCAAAGCGUAAUGCUACAGAAAAUGUUUACCAGUGGGCUUGUGGGAGGCCAACUGCACUACAAGACCGGACAAGAGAUAGUGAUGAUGAUGAUUACCAAGAUAGGGAUUAUGAUGUUGCAGCCUUAGCAAAUAACUUAAGCCAGGCAUUUCGAUAUGGCAUUUACAGUAAUGACGAUAUGGAUGAGGUACAUGGCUCUCUUGAACGAGAUGAUGAGGAUGUUUACUUUGAUGAUGAAUCUGCUGAAGUUGUGAUAUCUUCUCUGCGCCUAGGAGACGACCAAGAAAGUGGGUCUCUUUUUACGAAUUCCAACUGGUUUGCAUUUGAAGAUGAUAGAGUUUCUAAUGAACGUUCAAUUGGUGCUCUUGCUUCUCCAUCACCUAAUAAUGAGGGAGCUGGUGUUGUAAAUGGCGAUGGAGAAGAUGAGGUUGUUGUCGGUGAAGAUGAUGACUUGGAUGAUACGGCGACAUCUUCUCAGGUGCCUGAUGCAAAAUUAGAAGAUAACUCCGCUGACGUGUCUGAAGACUCUAGAGAAGCUGGGCCAAGUGCAAAUGAUAAACCACCUGCGUGGGUUGAAUGGAGAGAGACCCCGGAUUCCAGUGAAGCAUCCGGUUCUGAUGAAUCUUGUACCAUCCCAAAUGGUGAAGUGCAAGUGAAACUGGAGGAUAAAGGUAGUGGUCUUAACCCAGAUGGUACUACUGAAGAUGCUCCAUCCUCUGACAAUACAAAUGAAACUGCGUUGGGGAGAUGUGCAUCAACAGAUGAAAACCCUGGUUCAAAACCUCCUGAGCCAUCAGAGUCUGUUAGUGGGAAUUCAAGUCCACUUGUUACUGAGGAGGAGAAGAGAGCUUCAGGAACAGAAUGUGCCCCUGAGAUUACCAAGGAUGGAGCUGAAGAAACAGAGGAGUAAUGUAAAUCCCAAAGAAUUGGUUUAGUUGAGCUAACUCAUGUGGGGUGCGGACAUGGAUGUGGGGAAUGAACACACUGCGUGGUUGACCAGGCUGGCCUUGUGUACAGGGUUGGUUAUUCGGGCAUUGGGUCGAUCAGAGUUAAUGAUUCUUUUACCAGGCCCAGGCCCUGGCCCUGGCCCGUUUGGGCAAAAUUGGAGGAGGCAAGUAAAGCAACAUUUAAUUUGUUGUUGUCUAGGUUGUGCUAGUAAUUGAGGAAAUGGCGGGUAACUUUUAGCGCAAGAAGGUGUUUAUAUGACAUAAUUGUUGUUUCCCUACCCAGUUCCCAUGAAUGAUUAUAGAAAUGAUUUCUUCUUGUGAAUGACGUUCUCAUGUCUCCUUAACCCCGCACUCCCUCUUUGACCUUUCUUCAACAGGUAUAGUCUAGUGUUUUUGAUCAACAUUGUUUGUAUU